GUGGAACUUGAAGAAGGGGAAUGCAUUCCUGAGCUGGUAACCUUCAGCUUGGGUCGUUGUUUGGUCCAGGGAGCAACUUCUGGACAAACAAUUGCAAAUUUGCACUUGAAGGUGCUGCUUGUGCUGAGGCCACAGCCGCUCAAUUGAAUCUGCAGGCUCGUAUACUCGUGGGGCUGGUUUGCAUCUCACAACAAUUAUGGAAUUGAGUGGCGUUUGAGGACGGUGGCAAACAAGUCAUUUGCCAGGCUGCAGCCUUCCUGACACAAGCCAGCAACCAUGUCGCUCUUCAAAAAGAAAUCCAAGACAAAGGAGGCGCCCCUCCCUAGGUCGUCCUCUGGCUCCGCCUACUAUCUCAGCAGGCGAGAGAUCAGCGGACUCAUGGAGAGCUCCAGCACGCCCGCUGACCGGGCGGACCAUCAGAUCGCCACCGUGGAUAGGAUUGUUGAGGCUGAUGACAAUGCAAGGCCAAAUCUCCUGGUGCGGAGUAUCUCGUCAGGGCCAGGGGAAACUAGGGGCGAGCUCGAAACGGCGCAGGGCACGUUCAUGUUCAGUCCUGAGGGCUUGCAGCUACUCAGAGCAAAUGUGGUGAAGGCGGCGGAGCCUGAUCCUCCUAGAAGCCUGGAAGGCCGUUUGGCUGAAGCGACGAACACCCCUGAUGAGGGGGCACUGUUUCCCUCUGCUUUGCAAGAGGGGGGUGGAGUGGUGCAGGCAAUGCAGCCCCCCGAUGCACGAGCGGUGCCAGAAGCAGUGACCCCAAACCCUGCGCCACAACCACCGAUUGAUGACAAGGGGGGUAGAGCGCCGUCUGAUGCAAAGGCGGAUCUUCUGGCUGAGGCAGUGAGCCCCGACACCCUGGACAGCAUGCUCCUGGAAGCGGGCCAGGAGAGCAAAGCUGAGCCCCCAAGAAGGACCCUGUUCUCGAUCCCAGUCAAGCAGGGACCACCUCAUGAUGUCAGCAUGGACCCCCCGAGCCCCGGGGUCGCAGCAGCAUUGCGCCUGCAGAAACUGGACCAGCUGCGCAGCCUCCGCCGCAACGCCGAGGGCCUCUGCACGAAGCUCUACACGCUGUGCCGUCUCUGUGCAUUUGGGCCCCCCGACCCGGGGGGUGCCAGAAUGGCAUCUCCCAAGGGGGGGGCGAUCAGUGUGGAUUCCUUCCUCUUUGGCGGGGGGCAGAUCCUGCCUGAGCACCCGAAGCUGAGAGCACUCCUGGUGAAGAGGUUUCCGGAGCAUCCCCGGAUGUUGAAUCUGGACAAGGUGGACCGCUCGGCGACGGAGGCGCUGUUUGCGGCGUCGGGGUCGAUCCAGAGGGCCUUGGAGCCUUGGUGUCAGGUUCUGGUCGAUCUCAUGACCUUCACUGAGCAGUCCAUCGUACUACUGGACGAGCUGAGCAGGAGACUGAUCGCCCUCUCCCCCGACAGCAACGCCCUCGUCAUGGAGGCGUUUCUGGACCUGUUUGUGGCGGUGGUACGGGUCAACAUGCUGGCCGGUAGGGUGCCUCGGAAGCUGCUCCUCCAAGUGCAUGCGCUGGCCCACUACAACAGCGUCCAUUCCAGCGAGUCCCCGGUGGACCCCGGCGUAUUCAGUUUCGUGGCUGCGUAUGAGAGUCCCGUCCUGGCUCUGCAGAGGGACCUCGAGACGAUCGGCCCCCGAGUAGGCGAGGUCCUCGACGCGAUCGCCCCCCAGCUCCUCUCCCUCCUCAACAUCGAGACAGUCCGUCAAGACGGCGUCCUCAGCCCCUGGCCCAAGGAAGGCGACGAGGCACCAGUCGACCUCCCAAGCGCACAGAAACAGUACAACGCCUCACCAGCAGUGAAACCAAAGGCCUUGUUGCCGUCCGAAAGCACCCCGAUCCGUGGCGUUCUACCUAGCACCCUCGACAAGAACAGGGCGGGAACGGCAUCCGACCACAUGGAUGAGAGCAUGGGCGAAGUGAGUGGCGCGGCUCUUGAGGCGAGCGGUCCCGCACUGGAAGGGCGGUUGAGCCGGUUAGCACUAGGCAGAGAGGAGAGCGUCGCGUCGGGUGUGAAUAGCCCUCUGCCGCCCAUAGGAGUCGGGAACCCCGAGCAAGAAGGAUCGACGCCGGAACGGCCCCGCCCGGAAGAGGGCGGCGCCGAGGGGGUGAUGUCCAGCGGAGGGGCAGUAGGGGCAAUCGGGGCCGCAGAACCCCCCAGCGGAACCGGCCAAGAUUCAAAUUUCGGGGGGGACGAAAGUGCUGCGAUGAGCCCGGGGGGGCAAGAGGCCCAGUCUGGCAGUCAGUCGGUAACGCAGCCCAGCCCAGUAGACUUUUCGAAGAUGGGACUUUGGAUGGGCGACCGGGGGUCGGAACGACCGGGAGAAGCGUUGCAGGCGGAGGGGCUGAAGAGUUACGAGGCGCACCUGCAGUGGGUGUGCUUUGGGUUUUUGGCGUGCCCGGCGGAGCUGGCCAGGGGGGUGCCCCGCAGCGAUCUGAGGGCGAGGCUGGUCGGGGCCGUUCUAAGCCAAGCGUUCCUGGUGCCGCUGUUCCGCAACGAGUGCAUAUACGUGCACGAGGAGUAUGCGCAGUACGUUCUGCCGAGGUUGGCGGACCUGGAAAAGCAGGCCAAGUCGCAGAGGGGGGACGUUGACGAGGAGCGGGCGGCAAAGGCUGCAAGAAAGGCCAUCAAGAACGCGGCGGACGGAGUCGCCGCCAGCUGCGGGCCUAUCCACCGGGAGCGGCGAGUGGUGUUGCACGAGGAGCUGGAGAAGCUGGCGACCGCGUUCUCCGAAGUCCCCGGGCUGCUGCCUCAAAAGGUCGAGAACGUAUUGGGCGCCCUCAGCCUGGCCCGCACCGAGCUCCACUGGCACUUCCACCACCUGGGCGUGCCGGCCAAAGCGCGAGCGGGCCGCAUUCUCAUCCCGGAGGGAGUGCCCGACGCGACGGUCGGCUCGCUGCUGAGCGUCACGCAGAAACUGGCGGCCGUCGUCAAAGAAUACCGCAAAGCGAUCCGAUCCUACGCGGCGUCAAAGUUGCUGGAAGCCCGGGAAAGGGUGCAGUUCUUCAGCGGCCUUGCUUUGGCGGGCCUGGACGUGGACAGCACGCUCAAGAAGCUGCUGAAAGAGUUAGCGCCGGGUUUGGAGGAGGAUUACUUGACAGAGCUGGUCAAGGGGGGGUCUGCGGCCGGGAGCCUACAGGCCUUCCAGCGGACCUGGAUUCGGACGCUGGGCUUGCUGUCCAACUCCAAGUCGUCCGUCAACCUGCGGCACCUCGAGCUUGCCACGUCACAGGGCAUGGUUCCUGGGCUCGCUCGAGAGUGCAACCGGGCGUAUCAGCUAGCACGGUGUGUGGACGAAUUGGACGCGUUGUUAGACGAGAGCAGCUCGCUCAAGGUCCUGCACUUUUACCAGCCGAAGCUGCUCCUGGUGCUGCAGCAGACGCUGUACGACCCUCAAGGCUUCUGCGAGGACGCGUGCGCGUGGCUGCGGCUGGCGGACGCCUUCCCGCAGAACGCCCACAAGUCGGUACCCCAAGAGCUUCCCAAGCUCGCAGUGGCAGCCGUGGAGUACACCGAGAGCGUUUUAGAGUUCCUCAUGGCCGGCCUGCAGAGUAUGGUCGGCGCGCUCGAUUCGGAGAGCGGUUGGGCAGGCCUCGACCGACAGAUCUCGGCAGAGCGCGCCGUGUUACGGCUGACCCUCGCAGCCCAGGCCAAGAGCAGCAAGCGGCGCUCCACCCCCAAAAAGGAAGACCUCCAGCUGUCCCAACAACAGCCGGGCUUCGAGAGCGACCCUUCUGCGAGCGAUGCUGUCCAGGGGAUCGAGGUGGCGGUGCAGCGGCUGACGUCAUUCGUGGCGGAGCUCGGGAACAUGGGCCCGGUCAAAGUCAUGGACCGCGUGUAUGCGCCUAGGGAGUACUUGCGAGAGCGCCUGCACAGUAUCAUCAAGGCCGGGUUACAAGAAAACUACCUCGCGGGACUCAAGUCCUUCCGGCCGCCCCAGCUUUUGGAAAACGACCUACGGCGCUUCGAAGCGAUCCUGCAGCUCAUCGGCCGCCACGUCAGCAUUGACGUCACCCGCGUCCUGCGCGAGGUGCUCCUCAGCGAAGCGUACACAGAUCGGAUGCGCGACCUCCAACCGCCUGUGUCGAAGAAGGAUGCGGCCGGGGAGGGGCCCAAGGCGGUCGCGGCUGUUAUUGCUGACUGGUACAUUGACUUCAUCGUCCUCGAUCUUCGAAAUGCGGGCAUCAUCUAUUCUCAGUCGACGAGCGGCUUCACGACGGGAGGCCACUCGACCGCCUUGGUUGAGCAGGUGACGCGCUUGGAAGCAUUCGAGUCGCUGCUGCGGGUCUUCGGACCUUACGGAGCGGACCGGUUGAUCGCCAAAACGUACGAAAUAACGACGCUUGCCAUCCUCAGCCUGGAGGCUACUAUUCGCAAGGAACAGCCGGUCCUUCAGGAGCUGCAGGCGAACUUCCAUUUUCCGGAGAAGCGGGCCAGGCUGCUCUCUAGAGUCACAGGUAUCGAGAACGUAUACGCGCUGACGACCCAGGUCGGCCAGUGCAUCUCCCUCCGGGAGCAAGUCGCCGACGCGUGCGCCGCCGUCAUGAAGCAGCAUGCGCCCCUUAUUCACACCGUCCUGGGGGACGCCGUGCGGUGUCUCCCGCCCCCUCUUCUCCCGGAAGGUGUUCACGCGGCCCGGCUGCGGCGGGUCGCGCACAAAGUCGGGGCCGCGGACCGGGGGGACGAUCCGCUCGUGUAUCAGGCGCUGACUGGGCUCGGGAAAGUCGGCGACGCAACCUGGCGGCUGCUGCCCGUCCUCUGGGCGACCUGCACCGGCAGCUCCUUCUGGAAAACCGCCCACUUUGACGCGCGCACGCAAGCCUUCAGCAACAACGCGCACUGCUUCGCCAAGGGCCUGCAGGCGGUCCUGGCGUGCGCGGAGCGCGUCGGCUUCGAGCGGCGCGAGCUGCAGUACCAGCUCGAGAACGCGCGCAUCAAGAUGCUGACGUCAGAAGGGGGAAACCUUGUCGAGCAGCCCACCGAGAGUGACGAGGCCUCUGACGUCAGCACGGGGAGCCCCUUGAGCGAGGUGGUGCGCGGGCAGCUGGGCAAGUACGUGGCGUUCACGGUUGCGCUCACUCUUGCGGACUGGGACGGCCACGGGGCUCCCGCCGAGAUCCGGCCCGUCAUGACCAAACUCAUCUUCCUGGACCAGUUAUGCGAAUUGUCCCCUCACCUUUCUCGGAGCACUCUCGAGCAGCAUGUGCCUCACACGCUGCUCCGCUCUAUUUAUCAAGCCGAGUACACUCUACAAGCACUACCGGUAAACACGCAAGUCCCAGCAGCCGUGCAGAGUGGAAAAGGCAGCAGCAUGACAGCACGUCUUGCGUCAUCUUAAGUAUAGUGUACAAGGCGGGGAAUAUGAGUUGAACAGUUACAGGUAUCUUUUAUCUGGUUAGCAGUGGAUCUGUCCGAGGUAGUUUGGAAACCUGAGAUCUAGAUUUAAGCGGUUUAGCGACUCGAACGCUGGUGCUUUUGCAUUUUGCUGCAAACAAGCGGGCUUGCAACAUACUGGUAAGAUAUGUAACGAAUAAUAGCGGCAUGCCUGCAAAUCCAUAACGAUAUGUUAGCACGUUUGAAGGGCUACUGGAGCCGCAAACCUCAAUCUGGAAUCUGGAUGCUAGCUAGAAGAGUAUGAUAGGAAGGUUUGUGAGAAGUUUCUGGGUCUCACUGCCUUGGUGGCCCAAUAUUAUUUUUAGAAAUUGGAGAAUCUUGAUGUCGUCUGAGUUAUACGUCCAAUUGGUCGU